GUGUAAGAGAGAGAGAGAGAAGAGAGGGACUGCGCUUAGAGCUGGAGUGCGCGCGGGAUAGCACACCGGCUGGAUCGGGGAGUCGCGAGGAUGGAGAUCCGACCAGACAGGUUUAAGGCGGUUGCAGCCAAGAAUCUGGGAAAGAUACACAGAAUCCUAGAAAAGCGUCAGCCCAAUGGGGAGACCAUCGAGCUUUCGGCCGAGGGCCGCCCAGAGCUUGUGGAGGAGAAGGAGAUGCCCGUGGUGGACUGCACCUGCUUCGGCCUUCCCCGUCGCUACAUCAUCGCCAUCCUCUCAGGCCUGGGCUUCUGCAUCUCCUUCGGCAUCCGCUGCAACCUGGGCGUGGCCAUCGUCAGCAUGGUCAACGACCACACCGUCUGGAAGGGUAACAAGGAGGUCCUGGUGGCAGCACAGUUCAGCUGGGAUCCAGAGACCGUGGGGAUGAUCCACGGGUCCUUCUUCUGGGGAUACAUCGUCACACAGAUUCCCGGAGGUUUUAUAUGUCAAAAAUAUAAAGCUAACAAUGUGUUUGGCUUCGCCAUAGUGGCCACAUCCACUCUCAACAUGCUGAUUCCAUCUGCUGCUCGUACACACUACAGCUGUGUCAUACUAGUCAGGAUAUGCCAAGGCCUCGUCGAGGGCGUAUCUUACCCAGCAUGCCAUGGGAUCUGGGCCAAAUGGGCCCCGCCUCUAGAGAGAAGUCGACUGGCCACAACAGCAUUCUGUGGUUCCUAUGCGGGAGCUGUGGUGGCCAUGCCUCUUGCUGGGGUGUUGGUUCAGUAUGUAGGGUGGCCUUCAGUCUUCUACGUCUAUGGCAGUUUUGGGAUAGCAUGGUAUCUCUUCUGGAUCCUGGUGUCGUAUGAAAGCCCGGCAGCCCACCCCACUAUCACCCCUGAAGGGAGGAAGUACAUUGAGGAAGCCAUCGGAGAGUCAGCAGGUUUUGCCAAUCCUCUACAGAAAUUCAAAACCCCGUGGAGAGCAUUCUUCACGUCCAUGCCGGUGUACGCCAUUAUCGUAGCCAACUUCUGCAGGAGCUGGACUUUCUACCUGCUUCUCAUCAGCCAGCCGGCCUACUUCGAGGAAGUGUUUGGCUUUGAGAUCAGCAAGGUGGGGAUGGUGUCGGCCUUGCCACAUCUGGUGAUGACCAUCAUUGUGCCCAUCGGGGGACAGCUGGCCGACUACCUUCGAACACACAACAUCAUGACCACCACCAACGUCAGGAAGCUCAUGAACUGUGGAGGGUUUGGAAUGGAGGCCACAUUCUUGCUGGUGGUGGGAUACUCUCACACCAAGGUCAUGGCCAUCUCCUUUUUAGUCAUCGCUGUGGGCUUCAGCGGAUUUGCCAUCUCAGGUAAGGACGUGAAAGAUUUUCUCUCCCACAAACAAACAGACUUUUAGGACCGUCACUACAUC